GCGGACGGUCGGAGAAAAAGGCGGGAAGCGGAAGUGACGUAGCGGAGCGGCGGGAGAAGCGGCGUGAGGCGGCGGCGGCGGCGUGAGGUGAAGCACCGGGAGGGGAGCCCCGGCGUGCCGCCAUGCCGACCGUGCUGGGCCUGGAGGGCUCCGCCAACAAGGUGGGCGCCGGCGUGGUGCGCGACGGCGCCGUCCUCAGCAACCGCCGCGCCACCUACGUCACGCCGCCGGGACACGGGUUCGCCCCCGGGCCCACCGGGCGGCACCACCGCGCCGUGCUGCUCGGGCUGGUGCGGGCCGCGCUGCGCGACGCCGGGCUGCGGCCCCGCGACAUCGACGGCGUGGCCUUCACCAAGGGCCCGGGCAUGGGCUCCCCCCUGGCGGUGGUGGCGGCCGUGGCGCGGACGCUGUCGCAGCUGUGGGGGCGCCCCCUGCUGGCCGUGAACCACUGCGUGGGGCACAUCGAGAUGGGGCGCGCGCUCGGCCCCGCCCCCGACCCGCUCGUGCUCUACGUCAGCGGCGGCAACACCCAGGUGAUCGCCUACGCGCGGCGCCGGUACCGGAUCCUGGGAGAGACCCUGGACGUGGCCGUGGGCAACUGCAUCGACCGAUUGGCCCGGCUGCUGCAGAUCCCCAACGCGCCCAGCCCCGGGUACAACGUGGAGCAGCUGGCCAAGAGGGGCCGGCGCCUGCUGCCGCUGCCCUACGUGGUGAAGGGCCUGGACGUUUCCUUCUCGGGGCUUCUCUCGCACCUGCAGGCCGUGACCCCGAAGCUUUUGGGGUCGGGGGAGGCGACGCCCGAGGAUCUCUGCUUCUCCCUGCAGGAGACGGCGUUCGCCAUGCUGGCCGAGGUCACCGAGCGCGCGCUGGCGCUGACCCGCGCCCGCCACCUGCUGCUCGUGGGGGGCGUGGCCUGUAACCACCGGCUGCAGGAGAUGCUGCGGAGCAUGUGCAGGGCCCGGGGGGCGGAGCUCUGCCCCAUUGACGACAGGUACUGCAUCGACAACGGCGCCAUGAUCGCGCAGGCCGGCUGCGAGAUGCUGAGGGUGGGGCAGGUGACGGAGCUCAGCCAAUCAGGGAUCACGCAGAGGUACCGGACGGACGAGGUGGAGGUGACCUGGCGGGAUUGAGGUGGCCACGCCCACAUCGGCCACGCCCUUUUAAUAAAGUACCCCGCCCCCAUUUUUUGGCCACGCCUCUUUUUAUUGUGGGUGAUGUCAUUCAGUUGGUGGCUCCGCCCAUCUAGAGAGGGCCAAUCAGCUUCUGAUACUCCUUGUCAAUCAACAGCUGCGAGCCACGCCCCUUGCAUUGGGUUACAUUAAUGCCUUACCUGUCAAUCAACAGCUGUGAGCCACGCCCCCUGCAUUGGGUUACAUUAAUACAUUACCUGUCAAUCAAUAGCUGUGAGCCACGCCCCCUGCAUUGGGUUACAUUAAUGCAUUACAUGUCAAUCAACAGCUACAGGCCACGCCCCUUGCAUUGGGUUACAUUAAUGCAUUACCUGUCAAUCAACACCUGCAAGCCACGCCCCUUCCAUUGGGUUCCAAUACCUUUUCUGUCAAUCAUCUGCAAGUCACGCCCCUCUAUCAAUCAUGCCUCAUUUACAUAACCACACGCCUCUCUUGCCCAGCGGCCAAUAGGAAUGCGGGGGGCGUGGCCUUGCUGAGGGGGGCUGGCUGCGGAAGGCGGGAGCCGCUCAGUCUGUGAGGGGCCGGCGCGGCGAUCGCUUGGGUGAGGAGAUGGCGGGUGUGCGUCAUGAGGCUCUGUUUGUCUGUCUUUCUCUGUGUGUUUCUGUCGCGACACGGCGGCCGAUCGCGAUCCCGACCCGCGUUCCCCCCGUCGCCGCCAGCCGCGGGCGCUCGGGGUUUUAGCGGCGUCGCAGAGCAGCGGCCGCGGCUCCUUCUUCACCCGGCGGGGCCGGGGACGGUUCCCUCGGGGCUCCGCCGGAAUUUGGGGGGCCGCACAAACGCUCCGGGGGGGCUCCUCGGCAUUGAUUAAUCGGGCAGGGAUUAAUUGGGGAGGGAUUAAUUAAUAAGGGAGGCAUUAAUUUGCCUCCCCCGGUUUCGGUUCCGUCCCGCUCUGACUCCGCUUCUCUCCCCUCAG